AUAUGUAUCAAGUUAUCAAGCUACAAGAAUUAUUUUAAUUAAUGGCUCUGAACAACACUGUCCUGGGAGCCCUAAACUUCGUGGCGAUGCUCCUUUCGAUUCCGGUGAUCGGCGCCGGAAUCUGGCUGGCGACGGAGGCGGAGAACGCCUGCGUCAAGAUCCUGCAAUGGCCGGUGAUCAUUCUGGGGGUGGCGAUCCUCCUGGUGGCUCUGGCCGGCUUCAUCGGCGGCAUCUGGCGGAUCCCGUGGCUCCUCAUCUCCUACCUCAUCGGAAUGCUGGUCCUCAUCGUCCUCCUCGCAGCCCUCGUCGUCUUCAUCUACAUGGUCACCGCCAGAGGCUCCUCCGGCCACGCCGUCCCCAGCCGCGCCUACUUGGAGUACGGCCUCGAUGACUUCUCCGGGUUUCUGCGGCGGCGCGUGAGGAGCCCCUUCAAGUGGGAUCGGAUAAGGAGCUGCCUGAGCUCGUCCACCAUGUGCGCGCAGCUCAACCAGAGCUAUCGAAUGGCUCAGGAUUUCUUCAAUGCUCGUAUAACCCCUCUCCAGUCGGGGUGCUGCAAACCUCCGACGGAGUGCGGAUACACGUUCAUUAACCCGACCUAUUGGAUCAGCCCCAUCAACAACGCUGCCGACAUGGACUGCCUCCAGUGGAGCAACGACCAGACGCAGCUCUGCUACUCGUGCGACUCCUGCAAGGCCGGCCUGCUCGCCGCCAUCCGCCACGAGUGGCGGAGCGCCGACAUCAUCCUCCUCCUCUCCCUGGUGGGGCUCAUCUGUGUGUAUGUUCUGGGAUGCUGCGCUUUCAGGUCUGCCAAAACGGAUGAGCUCUUCAGAAAGUAUAAGCAGGGAAAUACCUACACUUAGUAGCAUCAUUAAUUAAAAUUUGGAUUUAAUUUAAUUUAAUCUGUUAACUUCUGCAACGAAUUAGGUUCCUUUCGUUGAUUAGGGUUUUUGUGAUACUGUUAUUCCUUUCGAUAUUAUUAUUAUUAUUAUUAUUAUUA